GUCACGUGACUGAGGGGCGUGUCCGUGACAUGUGACUGCGGCCGCUGUACCCGGUUGUUGUGGAGACUCAGAGCCGGGAGGAUGAACGCGGAGCGGGACCUGAGUCCCCUGACCCCGAACAUCGUGCGGGCCCUGAACGACAAGAUGUACGAGAAGAGGAAGGUGGCGGCGCUGGAGAUAGAGAAGCUGGUGCGGGAGUUUGUGGCACAGAAUAACGCGGCGCAGAUAAAACACGUCAUCCAGAUCCUGUCCCAGGAGUUUGCGCUGUCGCAGCACCCGCACAGCAGGAAGGGUGGCCUCAUCGGACUGGCCGCCUGCUCCAUCGCGCUUGGGAAGGACUCGGGCCUGUAUCUGCGGGAGCUGAUUGAACCCGUUCUCACCUGCUUCAAUGAUGCGGACAGCCGCCUGCGCUACUACGCCUGCGAGGCGCUCUACAACAUCGUGAAGGUGGCCCGCGGCGCCGUCCUGCCCCACUUCAACGUGCUGUUUGAUGGGCUCAGCAAGCUCGCCGCCGAUCCGGACCCCAAUGUGAAGAGUGGCUCUGAGCUCCUGGAUCGGCUGCUGAAGGAUAUUGUCACGGAGAGCAGCAAGUUUGACCUGAUCGGUUUUGUUCCACUUCUGCGGGAGAGGAUCUACUCUAACAACCAGUACGCCCGGCAGUUCAUCAUCUCCUGGAUCCUGGUUCUGGAGAAUGUUCCUGACAUUAAUCUGCUGGAGUAUCUGCCGGAGAUUCUGGACGGUCUUUUCCAGAUACUUGGAGAUAACAGUAAAGAGAUCCGGAAGAUGUGCGAGGUGUCUCUGGGCGAGUUCCUGAAGGAGAUAAAGAAGAUGCCGGACAGUGUGAAGUUUGCGGAGAUGGCCAAUAUCCUGGUGAUCCACUGCCAGUCGUCAGAUGACCUCAUACAGCUGACCGCCAUGUCCUGGAUGCGGGAGUUCCUGCAGCUGGCCGGCAGGGUGAUGCUUCCAUACUCCUCCGGGAUCCUGACCGCAGUCCUGCCCUGUCUGUCAUAUGAUGACCGGAAAAAGAGUAUUAAGGAGGUGGCCAACGUCUGUAAUCUGUGCCUAAUGAAGCUGGUGACCCCAGAGGAUGAUGAGAGUGAUGACACAAGUCAGAUACCAAGUCAGGAGGAGCCACCAUCAUAUCAAGACGCUACUGACCGUGGAUCUCCCGAUACCGACAAUGACUCCGCUGUGGACAGCAUCAGCGUGGCUGCUCCCAGAAGCUCCCCGGCCGCCGCCGUCACCCUGAAUCUGGAUGGAAUAGUUCAGGUGCUGGACCGGUACCUCCACGAGCCCUGCACCGGGAUGAUGACCCGAAUCUGUGUGCUGAAGUGGCUGUAUCACCUGUACAUCAAGACCCCCCGCAAGAUGUUUCGUCACACUGACCUCCUGUUUCCCAUCUUGCUGAAGACCUUGUCUGAUGAGUCUGAUGAGGUCAUCCUGAAGGAUCUGGAGGUUCUGGCAGAAAUCGCCUCCUCUCCGGCCGGACAGAGCGACGCAACCAAUGAGGAGCCGGCGGCCGGACAGAUCAAGCUGCAGGUGCCAUCCCCGGCCCGAGGGGCGCUGCCCGGCAGUUGUGGUACCCGGGGUGUGGAGAGCUCGCCCUCGACGCCCACCAUGAACUCGUAUUUCCACCGCUUUAUGGUAAAUCUACUGAAGAGGUUCAGCAGCGAGAGGAAGCUCCUGGAGAUGAGGGGCGCGUUUAUUAUCAGGCAGCUGUGUCUUCUCCUGAACGCUGAGAACAUCUUCCACUCCAUGGCGGACAUCUUGCUGCGAGAGGAGGAUCUGAAAUUUGCAUCUACAAUGGUCCAAAAUCUGAACAGCAUCCUACUGACCUCCUCUGAACUCUUCCAGCUGCGGAGUCAACUCAAAGACCUGCAAACCCCGGAGAGCUGCGAGCUGUUCUGCUGCCUCUACCGCUCCUGGUGCCACAGUCCCGUGGCCACCGUGUCGCUGUGUUUCCUCACCCAGAACUACCGGCAUGCCUAUCACCUCAUCCAGAAGUUCGGAGACCUGGAGGUUACGGUGGAUUUCCUGACUGAAGUGGACAAGUUGGUACAGCUGAUAGAAUGCCCGAUCUUCACAUACCUGCGGCUGCAGCUCCUGGAUGUGGAGAGUCACCCGCACCUGAUCCGCGCACUCUACGGCCUCCUGAUGCUCCUGCCCCAGAGCAGCGCCUUCCAGCUGCUGUCACACCGGCUGCAGUGCGUCCCCAACCCCCAGCUCAUGAGAUCAGGGAAGGCUGAACCCCUGAGCUCCCCAAAAUCGGACUGUGAGAGGAUCGACUAUGCGGAGCUGCUGCAGCACUUCGAGAGGGUUCAGAACAAGCACCUGGAAGUCCGACACCAGCGAGCCGGCGACAUAGUGGAGCGGCGCCUGGGGCAGUGACUCCCCUCCAGGGGCCGGUAUCGGGCCCUUCCUUGGGUCUCCACAGGGACUGCACUGGGUGGAGGCUCCUGAGCACAAGGGGUCACAUAGGACAGCACCCCAACACUGGGGCUUCACUCUGAUUGGCUGGAUGGGAUCGGAUCUGGUGACAUGGCCAUUGAGGAUCCACAGCGAAGACAGAAGGGGAGUGGGCUUCGCCUGUGGGAGGGGGGCUUUUGUAUGAGGGACUUCUCCUGGGGGCGGGGACCCUUUUGUAUGAGGGGCUUCUUCUAUAUGGGGGUCUCUUUUCCACGAGGGGCUUCUCCUGUAUGGGGGUCUCUUUUCUAUGAGGGGCUUCUCCUGUAUGGGGGUCUCUUUUCUAUGAGGGGCUUCUCCUGUAUGGGGGUCUCUUUUGCAUGAGGGGCUUCUCCUGUAUGGGGGAUCCUUUUGUAUGAGGGGCUUCUCCUGUAUGGGGGUCUUUUCUAUGAGGGGCCUUUCCUGUAUGGGGGAAUCCUUUUAUAUGAGGGGCUUCUCCUGUAUGGGGGUCUCUUUUUUCUAUGAGGGGCUUCUCCUGUAUGGGGGUCUCUUUUGUAUGAGGGGCUUCUCAUGUAUAGGAGCUUCUCCUGUAUGGGGGUCUCUUUUGUAUGAGGGGCUUCUCAUGUAUAAGAGCUUCUCCUGUAUGGGGGUCUCUUUUGUAUGAGGGGCUUCUCCUGUAUGGGGGGAUCCUUUUGUAUGAGGGGCUUCUCCUGUAUGGGGGUCUUUUCUUUGAGGGGCCUCUCCUGUAUGGGGGUCUCUUUUGCAUGAGGGGCUUCUCCUGUAUGGGGGUCUCUUUUGUAUGAGGGGCUUCUCCUGUAUGGGGGUCUUUUCUAUAAGGGGCCUCUCCUGUAUGGGGGGAUCCUUUUGUAUGAGGGGCUUCUCAUGUAUGGGAGCUUCUCCUGUAUGGGGGUCUCUUUUGCAGGAGGGGCUUCUCCUGUAUGGGGGGAUCCUUUUGUAUGAGGGGCUUCUCCUGUAUGGGGGUCUUUUCUUUGAGGGGCCUCUCCUGUAUGGGGGGAUCCUUUUGCAUGAGGGGCUUCUCCUGUAUGGGGGUCUCUUUUGCAUGAGGGGCUUCUCCUGUAUGGGGGUCUCUUUUGUAUGAGGGGCCUCUCCUGUAUGGGGGGAUCCUUUUGUAUGAGGGGCUUCUCCUGUAUGAGGGGCUUCUCCUGUAUGGGGGUCUCUUUUGUAUGAGGGGCUUCUCAUGUAUGGGAGCUUCUCCUGUAUGGGGGUCCCUUUUGCAUGAGGGGCUUCUCCUGUAUGGGGGGACCCUUUUGCAUGAGGGGCCUCUCCUGUAUGGGGGGAUCCUUUUGUAUGAGGGGCUUCUCAUGUAUGGGAGCUUCUCCUGUAUGGGGGUCUCUUUUGUAUGAGGGGCUUCUCCUGUAUGAGGGUCUUUUCUAUGAGGGGCCUCUCCUGUAUGGGGGGAUCCUUUUGUAUGAGGGGCUUCUCCUGUAUGGGGGUCUCUUUUCUAUGAGGGGCUUCUCCUGUAUAGGGGUCUCUUUUGUAUGAGGGGCUUCUCCUGUAUGGGGGUCUCUUUUGUAUGAGGGGCUUCUCCUGUAUAGGGGUCUCUUUUCUAUGAGGGGCUUCUCCUGUAUGGGGGUCUCUUUUGUAUGAGGGGCUUCUCCUGUAUGGGGGGUCUCUUUUGCAUGAGGGGCUUUUCCUGUAUGGGGGUCUCUUUUCUAUGAGGGGCUUCUCCUGUAUGGGGGUCUCUUUUGCAUGAGGGGCUUCUCCUGUAGGGGGGUCUCUUUUGCAUGAGGGGCUUCUCCUGUAUGGGGGUCUCUUUUGCAUGAGGGGCUUCUCCUGUAUGGGGGUCUCUUUUGUAUGAGGGGCUUCUCCUGUAUGGGGGUCUCUUUUCUAUGAGGGGCUUCUCCUGUAUGGGGGUCUCUUUUCUAUGAGGGGCUUCUCCUGUAUGGGGGUCUCUUUUCUAUGAGGGGCUUCUCCUGUAUAGGGGUCUCUUUUCUAUGAGGGGCUUCUCCUGUAGGGGGGUCUCUUUUGUAUGAGGGGCUUCUCCUGUAGGGGGGUCUCUUUUGUAUGAGGGGCCUCUCAUGUAUGGGGGGUGUCGUCUUCUGCUGACGCGUUUUCUAUGAUCUGAUUAAAGGCGGAGAGGUCUCGCUUCUCACGUAUUAUCUUCACAUUGCAGCAAUCGUGACAUCUCUUCUGCAGAAAUAGAGAGGGACUCAUUCAGCGUCGGGGGCUCCAUGGCGGUAGACCACCACACCACCGUAACCAGUGCCAGGUCCCCCUAUAUAGUGAUAGUAUAUAUAUAGUAUAUGACCACAAUACUGACCUCUGAUGAUCCAGCAUGGAGCAGAUUGGAACUUCCCUCCCCCACCCCAGCCUGCGAUUCCGGAUUAAAGGUGCCCGUUGUUGGGA